AUGGCUUCUGCUCCAAGCACCACCCCUCUUCGUCAGCAGCAACAGGAACAAUCAUAUGGGGACGACCCAGACCGUGAUAAUACGGAGACGGAUAGUCUCAGCAGCGAGACGGAUAGUCUCAGCAGCGAGACGGAUAGUCUCAGCAGCGAGACGGAUAGCCUCGGCAGCGAGGUGAUUCCCGAUGCGCCGGCUCACACGCACGAGGCGCACGGCAAAUCGGUAUACCAUGGAAUCAAGGUGCGGUUUCAAGAAGGGGUUGUGAGCAGGCUCGAUGGUGCGAGACUUGACGCGCUGGUGGAGGUCGGCGAGCACAAGGGGACCAAGGACGUGGUGGUGGCAUAUGCUGGAAGAAGACUCCUACCACCUGGAGGGAACAGCGAGGCCGUAAAAGCCAUUGGUCUAGAAUUUCUGGAGCUUUCCUACUGGCACACUAUGUUGUACGCGGAGACCAUCAGCAUGGCUUUCCAUAUUUGGGAAUUUACGGUGCCAUCGAUGCAACAAGACCACCACGUCAUGGUCAUAGCGAUCCAUUAUUUGCUAGUCAAUAAAACCGCGAAGGAGCCAUAG